AUGCCCAACUUCAAAUUCUUCUUCAUUUUGUCUUUCGUCGCUCUCAGCAAUGGUCAGCAAAACAUCACUGUCGACGACGGCGAUAGCUCCAUCGUCUACGCACCGAGGGGCAGCUGGAAUACAGUAUCGGACCUCAUGGAUGUUGGUGGCACCCAUAAAGUCACCACCAAUCCAGUCGCCACGGCUACGUUCACCUUCACAGGCGAUGCUAUCUACUACUCAUCGGGCAUGUGGCCGUUUACAAUCAACACCUGGAUCUCGUUGGACGGAGGAUCGCCAACCUUGGUUGAUUUAACCGACCACUCGUCAGAGGAGCUUAUAGACGGACCCGAGACUGUCGCGUCCAGCAUUGUCUGGAGUCAAACGGGCUUGGAUGACACAAUACAACACACCCUCGUCAUAUCUGUUGGUCCUGGGCAGGAGUAUGCCAUCGUUGACUCAUUGAUAUUUACAGCUACAGAUGACACCACCACCACGUCCGCGUCGACGAGUACAGCCGCCACCUCCACCUCAAGCAGCAGCAGCGCCGCAUCAACACCAACAUCCUCCUCUGACAUUGACGAUACCCCCACCGCUAAAAAAGGCCUGUCCAUCGCCCUCGGUCUCGUCCUGACCAUCUUUGGCCUCCUCGUCGCGGGCGCGAUCGUCUGGUUUUAUCGUCGCAGGAGACAGAAACGUGAAGCAGAAACUAUGUGGGCUGGCGAGAGAGUCGUCACCGGCGACAAUCCGGAUUGGCAGGCACCUCCGAUUAUGGGCAUGGCGACGGACAAUGGGCCCUUGUUUUUAGGAGGAGGCGGAGGCGGAGCCAUGAUUGAGACACCGCUGUCAAGAUCGAGCUCAAAAAGCAGUGGGAGGACGUUACCUCCAUCUGAAAACUUGGCAGGGAGAGUUACACUUUGUACCGAUAUGAAAACGUUUGGUCAAGUUACCUCCAACGAUUGGCAGACUCGGUCCGCAAACGUUGGUGGAGGGAGAUAUGGUGGGGGACGGUAUGUCCUUGAAUCAUCCAAAAUGCCCACAGCCCGAAAUAGUUGGUUUCCCCUCGCCAAGGACGUUCAAGCCGCUAUAAAGCUCCUCGUCAUGGCUCUCCCAACAGAAAUAUGGCUCCGCAUCUUUCGAACUGCAACCGUGACGAGAGACUCUCCGCCGCUAGAAACGCAUUAUCUCCCUUUCCGCACCCUUUUUAGCUCGACUCCACAUCUUAAUCUUACUGAAGAAAAUCAAGCAUGGACCACCAAGGCAUCGUUAACUCUUGUCUGCAAAUAUUGGCGAGAACUGUCACUCCAGUACAUGUACGAGACCGUAUACCUAGGAGAGCACUUGAUCUUACUGCUCGGCGGUCUCACGAGAUCGGAAAAGGCAGCUGUAGGGAAGGGAUAUGGGCACAACGUACGACGCAUCGUUCUCUCAUCCUGGAAGAUUGAAUGGCCGAGUCCAAAGCACCUCACGAAUAUCAUACACCAUUGCCCCAAUGCCACCAUCCUUGUGAAGCGUGACGACGACACCUCCCCACUAUUCCUACCCAACCUCAGCCUUUCCCAAUUCAGGCGUUUCGAUUGGCAAUAUGCCCGCGGCUUUAAUGUCGACCCCCAACUUUCUUAUCUCGAUCACGGUCUUGACUUUGUCCGAAAUACGGUCGCGGCUGCCCACAACCUUCGAUAUCUGCUAAUCGACAUCCGCUGCGCCGCAUCCCGAUCCUCUAAGUACCCUCCAACAAAAAUCACGUUACCAAAUCUCUCUAUUCUCCAUGUGCGGGGCCUUAACUCGAACUUGCGCCGAGAGAUUGAGGGCUGGUCUUUCCCCAAGCUCACGCACAUCAUCACAGACUGCAGCCUUCUGUGGUAUACCCCUUCAGCCUUGUUCAAUUCACAGAUUGAGGUCAUAGAGUUCCUACGGGACGCAAUGUUGGUGGAAUUGGUCCCUCUUGGAAUUGUCGAGCGAUGCCCUAACCUUCGUGAGCUCAACUACUCGCCAGAGUUUAUGCGAUUCCCGGUCUCUCACAUUUUGCACAUCGGACUGAAGUGCAUCGGUCUUCACGCGGGAUCGAAUUUAGAUCAGCCAGUUGCUGAUUUACGGAAACGUUAUCAACGGCAUUUCGAUGACAUUAUGGAGACGUCCUUGCCAGAACUUCAGGUCAUCAUACUCUACGGAGACUGGGCCAUGAUUACUGAAAGUAAUUGGUUUCCCCUUGCCGUGAAGAAGCAAGCCAAGAUGAGGAAUACGGAGAAAGAUAACGCGAUUCGCAACUUGUCAAAGUCGGAGCCACUCAAAAAGAAGAAAAAGGCUAGUUCGCAGCUUAUCUCAGCCUUGAAGUCAGUGAUCAGCCACCCUGAAGUCGACGCUGGCGGUAUCAUAUGGCUUGCCAGUGUCUUUCGUAUUUCAAGACACAAAAUUAACUUCAUGAUUCACUGCUGUGGAAUUUUAAGGAAAUGGUACCUCGGAGUCGGAAUGAGCAUGCCGCUCAGAGUAGUGGUCAUACUAGUACCUUUCGCGGCAUCUUGCUUUGCUCUACAAGUAAUUACACCCAACGCUUUGUCUGGAUGGACGAAUGGAGGGCCUCAAACGAUCUCCUGGCAGCGCGUUGUCACCGACCCAGCUAACUUUAGUAUUGUUCUCACUAACCAGGUGAAAACCGCACACUCUUUCCAAAUGACCAAGUCCUCCUCCCUGUCGUAGACAGCACUCUUCUGUCUGCGGAUAUCGAACCACCUGCAAGCGGGUGGCCCACAGCAGGUGCCGGGUAUCGCGUCAACCUCGUUUUAAGUCCCAACGACCUUGCUUCCAUUUUCGCCCAGUCCGAUCAGUUUUCUAUCGUCGAGACAACAGCGUCAUCUUCCACUUCGACUACCACAACGAGUUCCACUUCGUCAACAACCUCAUCCACCACUAGUGCCACCACGACCAGCACAAGCAUGUCCACCUCCUCAUCCUCAUCCUCAUCCCCAUACCCAUCCGCAGACCCCGAAGCGGAUUACGACAGGGCUUCUACUCGACGCGUUGUGCGGAUCACAAUAGGGAUAGUAUGCACCGUCAUUGCACUUGUUAUUUUGCCCUUGCUUUGGUGGUACUUUGUCCGAAAAAAACAGGCAAAGGCAAGAGAGAGGCAUCAAGCUAUUCGGAAUUGGACCAUCGACGAUUCCGACCUUCCCGAUGGUACUGGUCCGGGGACAGCGCUCAUUGGAACUCAUGAGGGCGGCUACGACCCCAGCGAGCACGGAUGGUAUGAUCCAUACAAGCCUUACGACCCAUAUAUCGAAGCGAACGGGCCAAAUCCUACCAACAAGGACCAAUCUGCCACAAUGCCGAGAACUUCCUCUCCGCCGAAAAGUGUACCUCUGGCACAAGCCCGCCCCGGAAACAGCACCCAAGUAGGGGGAAGUCAGCCUCGAGCUGGCAAUGUUCGGAACGGUGAUAACAGAAAAUCAUGGACGCUGGAGGGUAGGGAAUAUAGAAGAAGCACCUUGGGCAUGUCAGUCUACACCAGCGACUCGGAGGACGUCGAUGUUCCCUCAGAGACUGCGAAUACUGGUCGAUGAUCCAGCUUGGAUGGAUUCGCCGCAAAUACUGGGGCUGUGUUCGCGGUUAUCUCCUACCACUACGAGACAUCGUAGUCGGCAUAUCGAGUGGACUUACUCCGGGAGGGUGAAGUCGGGGACGUUGGUUUGCGCAACGAAGAUCGCUGGCACGAGCACGUGCAUGAUCAAAGUCGCGUUUGACGCCAAGCACGGCCACACAUACAAAUCUUUGCAUGUCCAUAUCGUAAAUAAUACUUUUGGAACGCAUAGAAAUGUACAGUCCUUCGAUUGUGAAGUAGAU